UUUGUGUGACUCGAAAAGAUAAAACCUUUUUCGAACAUUUCAGGUAUACAAAUGGCUAACAUUUACGGAAAAUCGACUUUGUUAUUACUUUCGCAAGUUUGUAUUAUCAUAUUCCUUGCCUUAACAACUCGUUAUCAUCGUACGGCUUUUCAAAGAACAGAGGAAAGAGUUCCAACUACUAUAGUACAGUUUGGAUUGGGUGGAACAGCUACAACACUUCAAUUUCAAAUACUAUGUGUUCUUAUGGCUUUAUUACAUCAAGACGAAAUUAAUGAUGUUGGAUGCUACUACGGUAGACAACCUGCACACAAAUACUGUGUCAUAAAAAUGCAUUUUAUAAAAGACACAUUUUUUCAGAUACUUCCAUCAGAUGUGUGGAUAUUCAUGACAUCUAGCAAUCUACUUUCUGAUGAAAAGAAAACAGAACUGGAGUCUCAUAAAGUAAAAAUUAGAAAUAAGAGAAUAAAGAUACCAUCGAUCAUUGACAUAGAAACUACAUCUAAACGUGGUCAUACGAUUGUCUUUGAUUAUCAACCAUUUUUUAGACUUUCAGAUACACAAAUGCAACAUGCCGUUGAAUAUUUACGGUAUUGGGAUAUCAUAAGGUUGUGUUGUGGAAGGCAAAUGUCUGCUGAUUGGAGGAGACGUUUGUCGCCAAAAAUAUCAUAUAUACCCCACCACGAUCCGCAUAGCUAUUCAUAUCCCGCUUGCGAAAUGUACAACAUAACCGAGGUGGAAAUCUUAUUAAUGAAAACGUUUGUUUAUCAACAGUUUGCUAAUAUUCCUUCACUGCAUGACAUAAUUGGGAAGCCAUCAAAUGUUGAUGGUGAGCUCGACGGUACAUACUGUGAACGUUGUAAUAGAAAUAUUACUGAAAAAGAUUUGGAAUUCAAUGGAAAUUGCGCAUAAAGUUGUAAUGGUUGAUCACAUUCUUGAACGCUAUUUCCACAUGACAAAAUGUUGUAUUAUACUUGUGAUAAGAGACCAUUUUUAUCAUUUCAUUGACAUGAUUUUCAAAAAUUACUGGCCUGUUAAGUCAUUCAAGUUACUUGUAUUUUUUAUAAAUAGAUUUAUAUAUCAAGUAGCAUGCAUAUACUUUUGACUUAUUUAUAGACAGCUUACAGAACCUUCAUAAAAAUAUCUAUUAUCUAUUAAAUGCAUGUUCAUCAUAUAGAUAAUCGUCAUCAUCCUUGUCAUUUUAUCGAUUUUGCCUUAAUUAUAAUCGUAAACAAGCAACACCAUAUUUAUUAUCAUCACCGUGCUCGCCGUUUUCAUCGUUGUGGUUUAUAUAUUUACGAGCGGCAUUAUCAUUAUCAUUUAUAUGAUUUUUAUCAUGAAUUUUCUUGCUUCCUUCGUGUAAUAACUAUUUGUGAAAAUGCUUACAAGAAAUCAUGCAGCAUUAUCCAAACCAUCUUAGUUAAACACAAUUAAUCUGAAAUCAAAUGAAUUGCUUUACCAUAAAGACUUAAUAUGUGUUUUCUGACUUCAUAAAAAACAAAAUUUCCAAAAAGAAUGUAACAUAUAUAUACUAAUGAUUUUAAAUCUUAUGAAAAAUGAAAAGUGUUGACAAACACUGUAUUUAAGUUCGCGUGAAAAUUCAUGACAUUCCAUUUAUUCCGUUAGGUUUUUAAGCACGAAUGGGACAAAAAUGUGUAUACAUAAAUAUGGUAAUAUGAUUAAUAUGAAAAUAUAUACAUUCUUCACAGAACAGCUUAUAAAUGUCGUACUUUGCUGAUCGCUACUGAAUCCCUCAGGGUACUAAUUGUUGAUUAUACCUGAGGACGUUCUACCGAUAUCUUGAAUAUUAUUCUGACCAAUUUCUAUCUUUUGACUUUGAGAAGUUAACUUCUAUCAUUAUUUUAGUACAAAAACCAUGUCGAUAAUUUAAAGGAUAUACACCAAGUCAACAUUCUAUUUAAAAAAUGUAUAAAGCAAGACAAUCUGUUUAUUAAAAUGCUAGGUCUACAUAAUGGUCAUAAGUUCUGAUAUUCUGCUUUUCUUUUGAUUUUCAUUAUGUCUCCAAAUACCAAACAGAGUACAUCACAAAUGGAUUAACACUUAAAUGACCUUCAUCCCAUUUCAAUUUUCAAUUUAUAAUAAGUUAAUUAGGACUGGGAACGAAUAAGAAUUUUGAUGUUCGAAUAUUCUUUGUCUAUAUUCGAAUAUAUUCGAACAUUCGUUUUGACAACAUUUGUCCAACAUUUCUCUUUGACGUAUACGUAUUCGAAAUUGAUUGUGUCGGAUACUAUACUUCUUUAAUAUGCUUGGAAUAAUCGACGAGUAAAAAAACCUUUUUUGCUAUGUCAAAAUUGUUAUUUUAUAUAUUAAUGCGUUCCAGAAUAAAAAAAAGGAAAUUCCAGAUGUCCUUUUUCCGGGGGUCGACCUGCAGGCGCUUUUUCAGCAACAAAUUUACAUGCAGAGAGAGAUAUAUAGUAGAGAUAGAACAUAGGGGAAUAAUUCCCCUAUCUUUUAAACCUCAGACGAAACGCAUUGUACCUGUCCGUUCGUCGGUUAUAUGACUAUCAUUUUAAAUGGGUUUAUCUUCUAAGGAUAAUGUUGGAAAUGGUUGUUCGCAGUUAUUUGAUGAAUUCUCUUACUUUUAAAUCGGUCAGUAUUACAGUCAUGUACGCGGAUUACAAAUCUUUUAAUUGUAGACGUUCAAUAUUUUCUUUUAAAUAUGAAAUAGUAGGGUUAAAAAUAACACAACUAUCUGAUCAUUUUUAGAUUCGUGUUUUAAUACUUUUAUUGGAGAAUAUAUUGUAGAGAGAGAAAAAAUACAUCCAAUAUUAAUUUGUAUACAAUAAAAAAAAUAAUGGGCUAUAUAACAUAUUACAUUUAUCUGUAAAUUAUUCAUCUUACUGUGAAAGACAUGAAUAUGUUUAUCACAUAACUAACCGUGCACGUUUGAUUAUUUAAGUAAAAUAGAAAACUUUUAAAAAAUCGAUAAGCAUAUGUUGAACUUAAUUCUAAAGUAUUAAUGUAGUGUUAAGCAUAUGUUUUACUAUACACUUUCGAAAAAAAAAUAUUCAGAAGAAUCUAUUAAAUGAAAUGUUUGUUUUUUUUCAUUUUCCGUAUUUUUCUAUGUAUUAGUUUACUUUUACUGCAAUGUAACAUAUGUUACGUACUUAUCACUGGUGCCGUAACCACUUUCGUCAAUAUACAUAUUAAAAUAAAUAAAAGAAAUAAAUGUAAUCGCGGUAAUCAUUUUAAAACAGAGAA